UAACUCCUGCAAGCAAUGGAAAAAGGCUAAAUGAGAAUUUCUUCAAAACAGCAUAAAAAUUAGUUAUUGCAAAUUCCUGAAAAUAUCCCGCUACAGCUUAUCAACCGGUGUGUGCCGAAUAAGGUAAGAUAUACAAAUUGGCAAAAGAGCGCCAUUUUUUUUACAUUGAAUUUCCUGCCAUAUAAGCAUGCAAAAUCAGAUUUCAUGAGAAUCUCUCAAUCCAGUAAAUUAUCAAUUACAACGUUUGAAAAAGAUAGCACCGGUUGGUUUUCUAAGCCAAAUCACAAAAAGAGAGGGAAAAUAUGCAGACACAAAAAUUGGCUAUAAAAUGACCCGUUCACACCCAACUUCAAUGUGUCAUUUCUUACUCUUAAAUCACAAACACACACAAACAUCCUUUGCUUUUCUUUGUUAUCUUUGUUUGUGCUUCAGCCAUGUCGAGCGCAAAGAAAGGCCGAGGUCGCCAAAAGAUCGAAAUGAAAAAGAUGAGCAACGAGAGCCACCUGCAAGUGACUUUCUCAAAGCGUCGUAGCGGGCUCUUCAAGAAAGCCAGUGAGCUUUGCACCCUUUGUGGUGCAGAUGCUGCUCUCGUUGUAUUCUCAACUAGUGGAAAGGUAUUUUCCUUUGGUCAUCCUAAUCUUGAUACGGUCAUAGACCGCUAUCUUUCUCUCGUCCCACCCCAAAACAACGACACCGUGCAAUUCAUUGAGGCUCACCGCAACGCCAACGUGCGUGAACUCAAUGCUCAGCUGACUCAAAUCAACAGCACACUGGAGGCUGAGAAGAAGAUUGGUGAUGAGCUGAGCAAUUUGCACAAGGAAACCCAGGCUAAGUUUUGGUGGGCUUGUCCGGCUGAUGGUAUGAAUAGGGAUCAACUUGAAUUAUUCAAGAAGGCUUUGGAGGAGCUUAAGAAACUUGUAAUUCAGCAUGCUACUAUUCAAACUCUUCCAUUUUUUGUUGGCAACGCUUCAUCCUCGAACAUUUAUCUCCAUCAUCAGCCAAUUCCUCAACAAGCUCAAAUGUUUCCACCACAAAUUUUUCAAAACCCUAUGUUGCAAUUGCAGCCUCAUUUGUUUGAUGGAUUGAUGAUGCCUCACCAUGGCUUCAAUAAUAUGGUGUAAUAAUAUG